AUGACAAUGGUUGGUGAUGACGUUGUUUUACCAUGUCAGCUGAAGCCUCCAACAGAUGCUGUUCCAAUGAUCCUGGAGUGGGAGAGACCUGACCUGAACCCCAGAUUUGUCUUUAUGAGGUACAACGGUCAGGAAUUUCUGGUGGAUCAAAAUGAGGCCUACAACGGAAGAACAUCACUGUCCAUUGACAAACUGAAGCAUGGAGACAUUUCACUGAAAAUCUCCAAAGUGAAAAUCUCUGAUGAAGGAACAUACAGAUGCUACAUUCCAAAACUGAAUAAAGAAUAUUUUGUUGAGCUUGUUGUUGGUGCUGUCUCCUCACCUGGCAUCAGCUUAGUGGGGAUUGACAGAUCCUCCAGUGGAGUGAUUUUACAGUGUGAGUCUAAACGCUGGUAUCCAGAGCCUGAGAUGUUUUGGCUGGACGGUGAGGGAAACCUCCUCUCUGCUGGACCUACAGAGACAGUCAGAGGUCCUGAUGGCCUCUAUACUGUCAGCAGCAGAGUGACUGUAGAGAAGAGACACAACAACAACUUCACCUGUAGAGUCCAACAGAACAACAUCAACCAGACCAGAGAGACACAUAUUCAUGUUCCAGAACAACGCCUUUUGAAGGAGGGAGAAGACACCAGGGUGCAGCUCACUGAAAGCAAGAAAAUGGUGGAUUUGGAAAAGGAAAAGGCAAAACUUAAUGAGGAGUUACAGAAGGAAGCGGAAGAGCAGAAACAUUUGGAGCAGCUGAUUAAUAAACUGAAGGAACAAAAGACGGAAUUUCUGAACCAAAAGGGGCAAAUAACCGUCAAGGAGGAGAGGACAAUGAAACUGAUGGAGGAGAAUGAAACAAAGUUUAAUUUAGUAGAGAAAGAAAUAUCAGAAAAGGAGGGAGAUAAGACAGUAAACAGAGCACAGGGAUACUUGAAACUAAAAGAAAUCAUUAAAGCGAUCAACUGGAGCCUGGAGGAGAGAAAGCAAGAAGAACAGACACUGGAAGCGACCAUAGAUAAAGGAGUGAAGAUGACUGAUAUAGAGGUUUUAAGAAUGACAAACAAGAACGAGCAACUACAGAGCCACAUGGAGGAAAUUAAUGAACAACUGGAAAAGAUAAACAGACAACAAGAUGAGAUACAGGAGAAACUUAAGUCAGAGACAAAAGAGAAGAAAGAGGACAACAAAACAAAUCUUUUAACACAUAAUCAAGUUAUUUGA